GAUGAGCCACGAUCGAGGUGUCAAUCUUGGGACGACGUAGGAGCUCCACCCAACAGGAUGGAGACCGUUCUAAAGCGGCAGUCCCAGCAACAACAGCACCAACCGCUCGACUCGACGAGCUCAAAUAUCUCCGCGCAUUCCGUUAAGAGUGAGGACUCCUGGUGCUCUGCGUCAGACCACGAGCAUUCCUCGGACGACGACGAAAGUGAAAAGAGUAACAUCAGCAUAAAGAGCAACUGCCAGCUGAGAAACACUCUGCACAAAGCAAAGACCUUGUGCGACAAAUGGAGAUCACAGAACAUAAGACUGAGCUCAGGAAGCAGUGGAGCUGGAGCUCCCGUUGGAGCCACCACGGAACCUUUGGACCCUACUGCGGGACAAGGACGACUGUCCAGGUGGUUCAGUAUCCGUCGUGGAUCAACUCAUCAGUAUGACGUAGACUCUUCGUCCUCGGACACAUCUGCAGUGUCAAUAUGCAGUCCAAUAAAACAGCAGCAGUCAUCAACGCCGCUGCACUCAUCACCGGUGACACCAAUAGCAUCACCAAUGUCCCGUCUAGUCGAGGUUGAGGAAGAGAAUUAUAUGACGGGCAAUAACGCAGUAACGGCCUCGGCGGCAGCUGCUGCAAUAAUGCAAUUUCAAUGCAUGCACCACCGACGUCAGGCACCACCGACAUUACCCCCAGCUCCACCAAAUUUAACACCUCAGCAGCUGAAGCGACGUCAUAUUGUCGCGGCUAUUGUACACUCGGAAAAUAGCUACGUCGCGACGCUGCAGAGGCUCGUUAAUGAUUACAAAAAACCUCUUGAAGAGUCGACUCCGCCGGUUUUGAGUCAAAGCAAAAUUGCUACGCUAUUUCACCGCCUACCUGAGAUACUCCAGUGUCACACGCUCUUUCGAAUAGCUCUCGCUGAGUGUGUUCGCUCGUGGGACAAAGAUGAGAAGCUCGGUGACGUGUUUGUUGCGAGUUUCAGCAAAGCUAUUGUGAAGCAAAUUAGUGCCCACGAUCGGUUGUCCUUUUUCGGUCUAAUGGUGAAGCCAGUCCAGAGGUUUCCACAAUUUAUAUUGUUUCUCCAGGAUUUACUGAAGCACACGCCCCAAGGACACCACGACAGAAUGUCUCUGCAGUUGGCGUUGACUCAACUGGAGAGUUUAGCGGAAAUGUUAAAUGAACGAAAACGUGAGGCGGAACAAUUCCAAGCUUUCAAAGAAAUGCUACGUCACGUAUCCGGUAAAUUAGCUCAUCGACCGCUUUCAUCCUCAUCGAGGUAUCUUAUAAGAGAGGACAAUGUUACGCAAUUGGAAUUCAAUCAGAAUGGGAUGAUAACAAAAUCCAAGAGACGCAGAUUAUUAUUGUUAAAUGAUUUAGUGGUUUGCGUCUCAGUGGCUCCAAGGUCUAUCGAGGACUUCUCGAGUAGCGAGAGGCUCACGCUUAAGUGGACGUAUCCGGUGUCAGACAUUGAGAUACAAGACACCAGUACCUCGCCAACAUUGAGCCGUUUACUCACAGCCGGAUUGAAUAAAGGCGGCAGCUUGAAGUCGGAGAAAAAUUUCAGCAUCAAUGAGACCAGUAGUCAAGCGGGUGCCGAUAGCCUUUGCGCGGAGAUGAACGAUCUUAUGCAUGACUAUGAGGUCAUGUCGAGGAUAAGUGAUUUAGUGACGCAACUCAAAGGAACCUAUGAGGGAAUGACAGUCGCCGCAACAAAGCUAAUCCUCCAAUCAAUCCAGUCGUCAAUCCAACAAAAAGACGAGGACAUGAUUUGGGCAGACAGCUGUUGUCUCCAAUUAAUGACAAAGCAAGGACAGAUGUACACCUUCCAGACGGACAACCCACUAGUCAAAAAAGAUUGGAUAACAGAGCUGAGACUAGCUCAACUGGCUCUAGAUCCUAACAACUCACCGUCCUGGGAAGUACCAGAGCAAGAGCAAAGACCAUCAACAAAGAUGCCUCUGUUCGUCAGCUCACAAGCAGUCUACCACUCCCAGUACAAAUCCGAAGUCCGGUGCGGCUGCUACUACACCACCCAAAACUUACGAGCAGUUCGUCGAAGAAGUUCCCGGAACCACGUGAGCUACUUAUGGAUUUGCACUGGCGACGGUGUGUCCAGCCACGUGACAGUUUUCGGGCAGUCAACAUCGACCGCUUCCUCUGCAAUUUCCCUGAAGAAAGUCAGCACUUUCGACCUAGUUGAGACUCGAGUCGCCGCUGUGGAGUUUGUCAAAGGCAUCGACGACGUACAAGCUGGCGACCAAGUGUGGAUGGGAACAGAUUCCCGUAAAAUAAUUGUAUACUCCGCUGUUGAGCCUGAAAAACAAGAACAGCUGGGUAACUAUCCAGUGUCUGGAUCUGUUAUUCAAAUAAAGUACCACUGCGACAACGUCUUCGUAGCUUUAGGCAGCGGAUCUCUCCUCAUAUUCCGGCGUAACGUCGACGGGACCUGGAUGAUGUCCGAGCCUUCAGUAAUUUGCCUGGGUCCGGAUCCAGUGGCUUGUUUGAUGCCAAUAAACUCGACUGUCUACGCUGCCUGCGGGAAGAAAGUCUGGGUGCUAAAAGGAACCUCCGGAGAAGUCAUCAAGAGCUUCAGUGUUCAGCAUGAGCACGUAGGUAAUGUUCAUCUAAUGGCUCAUUCAGGAGUUGGGCUCUGGGUAGCUCUAAAAAACUCCAGCACAGUUUGUCUUUAUCACACCGAGACCUUCAAGCACUUGCAGGACAUAAAUAUCGCGUCGAAUGUCCUGCGAGUAACCAAAACUUCAAUUCUAGACCGCCUGUCCAAUUCAAAUUCCUACGGAGACAAUGUAAAUAAUAAUACCAACUCAAACAAUCAAAAUUCUCAGAUGAAUGUCAGUGUAACAGCACUGAUGGCUUGCAAAGGAUUGCUCUGGGUUGGAACCAACGUCGGAAUAAGUCUCACCAUUCCUCUUCCUAGGCUAGAAGGCGUUCCUAUAAUCAGUGGACGUGUUAACAUUUCCUACCACGCUCAUUUCGGUCCGAUAACUUUUCUGCUAGCAAUCCAGAGCAAUAAAUACAGCGUUUCUUCCAAAGAAGACGAUACUUUCACUGGAUCCAACUCUGGAGACGCUGAAAUAGAUCAGCAGUUGAGACCUCACAGGCAGGAUGAAGAAAUGGUCAGAAAAAGACAAGAGUAUCACCGAGCUAGCUUGAACGAAUCUUCAGCAGCUUCUACAGCUUCCUCUUCUUCCUUUUCUUAUAAUGUUGAUAAAUUAAAGCAGCACCUUGCUGGGAGUCCAGUUGCUCUGAGGCGAAAGCGCAACAAGGAAAAUGACUUCCGUGCUUCUAAAACUUUGCCAAGAGGAUUUGGGGGCGCGUUGUUGACGAACAAUCCGUCCGCGGCGCUACUGUCGAAUUCUAUAGCCAGUUCCCAGAGUUCUGGAGAGAACUGCGACGUCUAUGGGCUCUAUGGGGAACUUAUGUAUGUUAAAGAUUAUGAGAAUGACACUAAUUCGGGGAUAGAUCCGAUUUAUGAAAGUCUGAGGCGGAGCGAUCCUGAAUUAGCAGCCAUUCCGAACAAAGUUAAUACUUUGGAUAGAAGGCUAAAGAUGAAGAUCACUCGGCCUAGGUCUCUGGACUUGUCUAACUGGUCCGUGGACUCUCAUGCCAGUUCUUUGUACACUUCUUCGGGGUCUGAGGAAAAUUUGUCCAAGGGGAAGCUAUCUAGGAAUAGUAGCACUGCUAGUGGUGGUCAAGGGUACAAUUUAGAGCCACUGAUCACGCCUGGGAGUAAUGUUAAUGUUAAUGUUAAUGUCAGCUCGAUUAAUGUCAAUGGGAGAGGCAAAGACGGGAAUGGGGUGAAUGUUCAAACUAAGAUGAACACUGUGAAGAAAACGGGCAGUACCAAUAAACGACACGGAAAGGUUCAGCAGCAGGUGGACCAACCUAAGAGGACUGUUUUGACGCUCAUGGGAGGACGUGGGUAUGUUAAUUGGAGACAGCUGAAUUCUACAACGCCUCAGCCGUUUAUUGGGGAUAAGAAUUCGAAGGUUAGCUACUCGUUGAAAGAACCUAAUAGCAAUGACGCGCAUAUUGUUCUGUGGGAAAUGAAAUUGUGA